GAUUCUAGAUCCAGUUGUUUAUUGGGCGCUGCGGUCAUGGCAGCCGGCGGGCCGGCCGCGGGCAGGAACGUGAACCGUUCACGCUCUCCGUCAGACCGGUAUAUCAUUCCCAGGUUGUCGUUGUUGGCAACUUACCAUUGCAUGCAGGGGCCGUGUUUGAAUUGGCAUGCCCACAUAUGUGGUCAAAAGAACACGUAGGCAGAACAGCCUCAAUGAUGAUGCGGAACUCUCACCCAGGGCACCCCUCUCUCCACGUGGGAGCGUGCCAGCUGCACCUUACAUGACGCCUGGGACUCCGCGAGGCGAUGGGGUUGCGAAGCCUCGGACCUCUCCCCGCUUCGGCCCGCGAGAUGAGAAUCACGAGAAACCACCGAGCCAAAAUGGGAGGCUAGCUCCUGGGAAGCGAGGCCCCGCCCUUUCAGCUCGUUCCUCGAGCGCCUCGAAGAUCCGCACAGCGUUGAGGGAACACUCGACCAGCUCAGUGCGGCACACCACGCGAGAACGGAGGCCGAACCCCUUGCUGGGAAACAGUCCGCCUACCCGAACGGCUCCAACGACCGCGCCCCAAGCAGCCUCGCCAAGCAAGGCUAAUCAGAGCCGGACCAGCUGUGGCAGCGCCAGCAGCAGUAGCAGAAGUAGUGAACACAGUGGUCCAUCCCUCGGCGAGAACGGCGCCCUGCGGUCGGCGGCAGUGACGCCAAGCACCAGCACUACAUCCUUGAUUGUGCCGUAUGCCGGACACCGACCAGUCCCCGCUGGAGCAACGACGGCUGCAGGAUUCACCCCAGGUGAGGAGCUGCGACGGAUGAGCUGCUACAGCGGACAUGGUGAUCCUGGAGGAAGUGCCAGGUCCUAUGCCGAGGGCCAUCCGCAUCGGAGCAGCUCCUGUCCAUUGAGCACCACAGGGAGUGAAGAUUUCCAGGGGCUGUCUCAAGGGGGGCCUCUACCUCCAGUGGAUGCGGAUGGCGAGGUGCCGAACUGGGGAAGUGAGCAAGUGGAGCUGCUCUGCCAGAAGGCGCAAAGCCUGGUCCGUCAGAUGGGUGCCCAAGCGUUGGGCUUCGACACGUCGCGACCUCCGAGUGCUCGAUCAAGCCCAUGCAUCAAGGUCUCACCACCCCAGGCUUCGCCAUGUACGCCGACUCCUCACCGUGCUGGGCCAGGGCUGAACUUCAGCCCAGGACCUCGUGUGCUGCCCGACAUCACCAAUCUUUCCCGUGAGGAUGUGGCCGAUUUCAGACACCGUUUGUCGCAAGUGGAGCAGGCCCUACACCUCGGUCAAGCACCCAACUCUGAGGUCUUGAAGCUCCGGGGCCGGAUGCAAACUGUCGAAUCUGAACUAGUGGAUGUUCGCGCUGAACUGAGGGAGGUCCGUGCCGCCGUGUCGCGCCUCUCGGAGAAGAUGGAUGUGCCGGAGCCGCUCGGGACACCGGGGCUCAUCCGGACCAUGCCCAGCUCAAAGCAGCCGGUGAGGCUGCCAUGCAACCAGUGCCAGACUGUGCCACAGCAGGUGCCACAGCAGAUGCCACAGCAGGUGCCGCAGCAAGCGCCCCCAAGUAUUGAUCAAGCGCCGGUGCUCGCCUCCCCACGAAAGCUGCCUCCUCGGGCGCCAUCAUCCGCCGCCCCGUUCACCCCUCUUCAACAAACACGCGGACCAGGUCUUGCAAGCCCCAUGUGCUUACUGCGGACGCUCAAUGGGCCGCAGGUGGGCACACCUCCUCAAACGGUGCGCGUGCACCCAUCUCUAAGACCACCCAACGGUGCUUCGCUUGGUGUGCAGAGUGAAGUGAGCUUGGUUGUCAACCCCAUGCCAAUCCCUUUGGGACAAUGGCGGAUGACACCAGCCUGAACUUGCGCAGAUUUCUCCGCACCUUCUAGGUAAGGUGACCAAGACCUGAGAGUUGGAUGCCCGC